GAUGCAUCUGGCGAGCCCUCACAUCAAACCAAAGUGCUUGCCGACAACAGCGCUGAUCGCAAUUCGUGACAUGGCCUCGCGUUGACGUAUCAUCGCCCAGCGCGACAUGAGGUCGCAACUUACAGUGAUUUAUCGGCCAUGUUUCUCUCCAAUCUGGUGCAGAAAGCUCAACAGCUAAUCGACCCAGCUGUGCUCCCAGGUCCUCUCGGAGGAUCUGCCAACGCAGGACGUCCAACGAAGGCGCAAUUGUUUAGAUCACAAUUCAGACUGCCCGAUACGCAAAACCCACUAUACGAAAUCACUGCCGAAUUGACCUUACCGACGAAGAAAAAUAGUACGCCUGGCAAGUCGCAUAGCCCGAAGAGCUGGGACAAGGGCAACUGGGAUCGCGAUAGAGGUACACACCAUGUUGGACAACUGCACCUGAGCGAACAAUUCCUGUGCUUCUCGACAGUGCACACCUCUUUUGCAAAUACUGCCAGCACAAAUGCCAGCACCGCAUUUACGGGCAGGACCCACGGCACUGGCCCGGGUGGAAAUGGCUUCACUCUGCCACUGUGCGCAGUCCGACGCGUCGAAAGACUUCAAACUCAAAGCUACAUGUUUGCACUGUCAAUCACCACCUGGAACGGUUUCGAACCUGGCAGUGAGGAGAAGCAAGGAGCGCCUAGCCCGCCAAAGCUCACAUUACAGCUAGAAGGGAGUAGACAGCAAUGCGAACGAUUCUGCGAUGGGCUGAAGCGGGGACUUAGGCAGGGAAUCAAAGAAGUUGAUAGCAUGCGCGCCGUGGCGCAAGAGUGCUACUCGGAGUACUUUCUGUUUGAUGAAUUCGAUGCGACUCCUGCUCAAACAAAGCCGGACGGCACACCUAGAACGCCGCCAGAUACAGGACUUGGGAGCAUAUUCAAAUACCCCGGAAAUUCGCGGAAGCUACGAGACCGAAGCAAGAUGCGACUUUGGCAUGAAUACAUGAAGGAACACGGUCGCAAUACAACUCUUGUACGACAGCCUGACUUCCAUCGGUUGAUUCGCGUUGGUCUACCAAACCUCCUACGAGGUGAGAUCUGGGAGCUGUCUUCUGGUUCGCUAUAUCUUCGUCUGCAAAGGCCAAAGCUGUAUCAGGAGACGCUUGAGAAAUAUGAGGGUCAAGGAUCGCUCGCCAUCGAUGAGAUCGAAAAAGACUUGAACAGGAGUCUGCCCGAAUAUGCUGGAUUUCAAAGCGAGGAAGGCAUUGGCAGACUGCGUCGCGUUUUGACCGCCUACAGCUGGACUAAUCCCGAAGUCGGAUACUGUCAGGCGAUGAACAUCGUGACAGCCGCGCUUUUGAUAUACCUGUCCGAGACGCAAGCUUUUUACACCUUAUCAAUCCUUUGCGAUAGGCUGCUUCCUGGAUACUACUCUACAACUAUGUACGGCACUUUGCUCGACCAGCGUGUGUUCGAGAGUCUCGUAGAGAAGACCAUGCCCAUUAUCUGGGACCACUUGGUCAAAAACGACAUACAAUUAUCCGUAGUCUCACUCCCUUGGUUCCUGUCCCUGUACAUCAACAGCAUGCCACUGAUAUUCGCUUUUCGGGUACUCGACGUUUUCUUCCUCGAAGGCUCGAAAGUCUUAUUCCAAGUCGGAUUGGCGAUCUUGCGUAUCAAUGGCGAGGAGCUUCUGGACGCAACGGACGACGGUACAUUCAUUUCAGUACUGAAAUCAUACUUCGCCCGGCUCGGCGAAUCCGCGCAUCCCAAGUCUGAGAAUCCGAAGCACCGCGCGAUUACCAAUUUUCAAGCGCUCAUGGUUGUUGCGUUCAAGGAAUUUGAGGGCAUCACUCAGCAUACUGUUACGGAACAGCGCCAAAAGCACAAACCGGCAGUGCUUGAAAACAUCGAGUCUUUCGCAAAGCGCACAUCUAUCCGUAAUCUUGGUCCCGAGAGCAAGAAGCUGUCUCAGAACGACCUUGGUUUCCUCUAUGACCGAUUCUACACGAUACUCUACGAGCGACAGCAACGGUCGGAAGUAAUCCAAUCCGAAAAGGAACGCAAGCUAAAAGCUGCCCGAAGCAGGAUGUCCGAGCUUGUAACAAAUGUGCCGAACAACGCACCUGAAAUGGGGAGAGUGGCCCUAGGACCAAGCGCGUCACAGAUGGACUAUGAUGCAUUCCGAGAAUUUCUCGCAGGCAUCACUAAAUGGGCAGUCACAGAUUCACCGAGCUCUGUUGCCAAUGACAAGUCGGCAAACAACUACUUUAGCAAUACCCUGCGUGCUAAAGCAGCGUCUUCUUCACCGUGGGGCCUCGGCCCGGAGCCUGCUGACCACGAAUUCCUCCAGCGACUUUUCAUGAAGUGGCUUCCUGAAGGCAGUUUCACUUUGAGUCUGCAAAAUGUGGUUGCUGGUCUUGCUCCUAUCAAAGGAGACCGCGACAUCAUGAGCAGCAUCGCAUACUUUUUCGAACUUUAUGAUGAUGACAAGGAUGGAAGGGUCGACAGGGAGGGAAUCCUACGUAUGUCCGAAGCGUUACUCUUUCUUUCGCGCAGGGGCAUCCUGGGAAACAUGACCCCUACUUCAACCGCCCCGGAGGUGAUCGGACCUGACGGCAUUCCGAUUCCACGAGAGAGCAAAGAUGAGCUAUUCUUGUCGGCAGUGUCGGCAUUCAUACGACGUUGUUUUGAGUACGCAGAUCCCGACCAAGAAGGUGCUGCGAAUGAGGCUGCGGCGGACGCACCAAUGGACGACUUGCUGGAUCUGAGCGAAGAAAAGGCGCAAGCCGCGGAAUCCGAGACUCCUGCUGAGGCUGAAGAACCUACACAGACCCCUUCAGCUAAGGACGACUCGUUGCUAUCGCGCCCCUCUACUAAUUCAUUUGGCCAAACCUCGAGGCCAAAGCAUGCGUCACACAACGCAGCCCUGGAUCCCUCAAGAUCCGUGCAUAUAACGUUACCAACCUUCCGCAUGCUCGUCCUGGCCGACGAAACACUCGAGGCGUUCUUCGACUCUGGAUUUGCUAACAGCUUCCACCUGGCCGAUGCACCCUUACCUUCAACCACUUUGACGUCACCUUCUUUCCUGAGCAUCCACAGCGGCGCUGCAGCUCCGCGCUCAAACCUCUCAGCAGGCGGCACCGGCUCAUCAGGCGCCAUCAGCCCAGGCCCGUCUUCCGCAGGCGUGGUCGCACCAGGCAAAGGACUACGGGGUAUGCUCGAUAACAUCGUCACGGACGGAAUGCGCGUCGCCGCGGAAGUUCGCCGCCGAAUGGAGGAAGCCCAACGGGAGCUUGAUCGCGGCGCCGUCACUCGCGGCACAGAAGACGAUGACGAUGAUGAUGAUGACCAUGGAAGGGAUCUUCUCGAGGGCGCAGAAGCCGAUGCUGGCGCAGCGACGAAAUCCGAGGCGCAGGGAUCGCCGACCCUACUGGACAAACCGCUCGUGGCCGAGCCGAGUGCGAGUUCUGCAGCGAGCAUUAGGAGCACGAGUAGUGAGGUGGAGAAGAGUACCAUGUUUGAGCGAUGAUGGAAUGGGAUGUUUUUCUUCAUAGUCCUGGACAGCUUGUACGAAUGCCGAGCGACACGGCCGUUGAUGCCCCUGUUCAGACCAGAAAGCUCGAUCGUGCUAUUUCCCUGGAAUGGACCAUUGUCGCUGUUCACUGUAAUAGUCCUGUUUUGUCCGUGACAUCGACUCAACAAGAUCCCAUGAAUUAUGAAAGUGCAAAUACAGUGGCCAAAUACUUCGUCUGGCAAUACAUGGGGGUAUUCUGGUUCGUUAUGUCGCACU